UAAAGAUCGCCAUUCAUUAAUAAUACACUAAAAGACAACGGUUUGUCAACAGACGAUCGCUUCGUUUGAAUACGUGCGUGUAAAAUCAUUGGAACGAAAAUAAAAUACAACAUAUUGUUCAUGCGUGGUUGAUGCUUAAGCCCCAACUAAUGGUUGUCAUGUCAACUAGCUAUCGACUUUUAUCAAGAGAUUAUACUCGAAUUUAAUUUUAAGUUACUAAACAUGUGUAUUUAACUUGUUGGAAACAUUGUGCAGGAUAAAAUUGUUGUUUUACUUUCCUUGGAAAGUUUUAUAUCAUGUCCGUCAUCUCCGAUCGUUCUAUAGCCUCUCGACCCAGCCUAGAGCAGGUGGUAGCGAUUGUAGACUUUAUGGAAAAACAUAAAACUCUGGCUCUUGGGUUAAUGCGAGGACUGGAAGGGCGGGAAGAGAGCAAGAGGUUAUGGUUCCAACUUACUAGAAUAGUCAAUGGUAUAACUGGACCUACAAGACCUAUGAAGUCAUGGAUUAAAUAUUGGGCCGACAAGAAAUCCACUGUAAGAAAUAAAGUCAUCUCAGGUGGAGGCGAUCCCAACAGCUUGUGUUCCAAUAUCGAGAAGAAGAUAUGGGACCUGUUCCUUGCACAUGAUGUAGGGAAAAAUUCCCGCAGUGCAGUAAAGCAGGAGGCCCACUUUGUUGAUGACAGCUUUUACAAUGAAGACAGUAUGGACGUCAACCACAUUGAGUGUGAACCUGUCCUAGCUUUUGAGGAGCCCAUGAUAGAUUAUGAGGACCGACAAGUAGCUGUCAUGGAGAAAUUAGUAAAAGUAAUGAGCGACCAAGCAGCGGCAAUGUCGCAAAUGGCGCAUGCCACCCUAGUCAACUCGCAGGCUAUGGAGCGGUUAGCAGAAUCCUCGCAUAUACAGAUGUGUUACAGGCUCGAGCACUGGAGCGGCUAGCGUCCACGUUCGAGAACAUAUCGGGCGCGGCGCACGACAUCCGAGGCUCCAUCGUCGAGAUCGAUUCCACCAUGAAGCGGUUGUACUCCACGUCGCCCACGUAGCACAGGUACUUGUGAUACAGGCCGCCGAGACAUUAGUUUAGCAGUUAGUCCACAGUUCACUAUGUUCUAUUUGAUGCUAUGUAUAGCAUCAGACGGUCAGACGUAUCCGAUCUCAGCAUCAAAAGUACGACAACGUUGACAUUUAAAGAAGACCACAACAGUACAUACUAGGUACUUAUAAUAAGUAUUAUGAGCAUAAGCAGUUCAUAGGAGUCCAUAGGCUAAACUAUGCCUGUCGUGUCGUAUGAUGGGGCCCCUAAAUAAAAGUCAUAAAACAAUACUGAAGGUUUUACCACAUACCAGAUUGACUUAUUACCCAUGAGUUGUCGAACAACCCUAUAUAAAAAAAAAAUGCUCUGUAUUAGAGUGCAAAAACGCAAGUCAAAUAAAAAAUAGCACCCAUGGCGAUGUUUCAUACCUGACAUUAUUUUAUUAAGUCAUUUCGAAGGGAAUAUUAUUAGACGCGAGAAGUAUAGAUGUACCGUGGAUAUACUACUACCCGUUUGCUGCAGAUAAAAAUAAAUUAGGAAAUUAUUUUUUGGCUGAUAGUACUAGUCACAUUUAUUAAUUACGAUCUUCGUACGUGUUUUAUUGUAGGUAUGCGUGCAGUACCUACAAAGCACAUUGAUUGCUAUACUGAACCGUGCCGUUAGUUUUAGUAAGUGCGUUUAAGACAAUCAAGCUAGGAUCAUAAAAUAAUACACUAAAAUCUAUGAUCGUAAGAAAUAUUUUUUUAUGGGCUUUUACUAUUAUUGUGUAUCUCUCCUUUCUUGGGUCAUCGGCCUUUUGAAUGUUUUCCCACCAUUCGUAUGCCGCCGCCAUUAAAUACUGAAAUAUGUAUAGUGAAAAUUUAUAGGUGCUUCCCUGUUUUAAGUGUAUUUAUUUUCUCUUUGAAGUAAAUAUGUGGCGUUCCAAGCCUCAAGGAUAAGGAAUCUAAGGAUACCCUCCAUGUGCAUAAAACGUUGUUUCAAAAAUAUUUUCAGUAAUAAAAAUAAUUUCGUGCAUUAUUAUUUUAGCAACGUAUUAAAAAAUUAAAUGUUUUAUAAUCAUACUGCAUAAAAUAAACCAGUUCACCUGAUCGUUCUUGUGUUUCUAAAUCUAAAACAUAUUGAUAACAUAUUUAUUGUAAUUAUUUAUGUAUUUUAGCACAAAUAUACAUCGAAUAUGUAGGUAACUAUCUAACUUUUUAUGUACGACUAUAGUUAAUUUCUGUACAGUCGACUACAAAGACAUGUAUCCACUUUUUCACCUUAUUACAAUGCAAUAAGGUGAAAAAGUGGAUACAUCUCUUUGUAGUCGACUGUACGUAUGUUACCUAUCUUAAAAUCUCGUCACUAGUUAAACUUAACUAGUAUCGUCAAUGUGGUAAGCUUGUGUUAUUUGCUUGUAAAUUUGUCACAAGAUGUUGUAACGUAAUAGCAAUUCGACUUGUAAUAUAAUUGAUUAAUUAAGUGUAAACUUCUAUGUAGAUCGUAUUACGUUGUCAAUAUUUAAAAGUAUUUAGCCCUUAAGUAUUAGCUGUAUAUUGUACAAUAUUGUAAAUAGUGAAAUUUAUGAAAUAAAACUAAGUUUUAAUUAUUA